UACGCAGACGAAAAACUAUCAGCACGUCUUGGCUCUUGUAUUUGCUGUGAAGGAAAUCAAUGAAAACUUGCAUCUCUUACAAAAUAUCACCAUGGGCUACCACAUCUCUAACACCUACUUCAAUGCAAUACGGGUGUAUCAUGCCACAAUGGAACUUCUGUCCACAAAGAGCAGAUUUGUCCCCAACUACAAGUGUGGCAGUGAGAGCAGUCCAAUAGCAGUCAUAGGAGGACUUGAAUCUGAAACGUCCUUCUACAUGGCAACUAUUCUAAACACCUACAGAAUUCCACAGCUCACCUACAGCUCUGCUUCAGAGAUGAAAGAUAAAUUCUCAGGCCUUUCUGCCUAUCAUAUGGUCCCAAAUGAAGCCUAUCAAUACAAGGGGAUUCUUGACUUAAUUCUGCAUUUCAGGUGGACAUGGAUUGGGAUCAUUACAGUAGAUGAUGAACAUGGAGAAAAAUUUCUACAAGCCAUGCUUCCUCAGUUUUCUGUGAAGGGAAUCUGUGUAGCCUUCAAGAAAGUAUUUCUUCAAGCCACUAUAAUCGAUUAUUAUAUGGAUAGCCUGGAGAAUGGACAGGAAAUAAUUGAUGUUUUAAGGGGAAGUAAAGCCAAUGCAAUUAUCUUUUUUGGAGAUGCUGAGUCUGUCUCACAUAUGAGAUGGUUAGCAAAACUGUUAGAAACUGAAUUCCAAAUGAUAAAAGGCAAAUUGUAUGUUAUGACAGUUCAGAUGGAAUUUUCAUCAUUUUAUUAUCAAAGGACCUGGGACCUACAACUCCUUCAUGGUGUUAUAUCCUUCACAUUUCAUGCAAAUGAACCCCCAGGAUUCCAGCAAUUUCUUCACAGCAGAAAGCCUCUUCAGGAUAAAGGAGAUAGUUUCAUCAAGGUCUUCUGGGAACAGACAUUCCUCUGUCACUUCUCAGACUCAUUUUUGGAGAAGGAGUUUGCUGAAGAUUGCACUGGGGAGGAGAAGCUGGAGACCCUUCCUGGAGAUGUUUUUGAAAUGAGCAUUUCUGGCCACAGCUACAGUGUCUACAAUGCUGUUUAUGCUGUGGCACAUGCUUUGCAUGCCAUGCGGUCAUCCCGGUCAUCCCUUUAUGAACACAACACAAUGAUAGAUGGAAACGUUGGGAGAAAUUUUAAUCCACAGUCAUGGCAGCUCCAUCACUAUCUGAGAAGAGUCAUAUUUAACAAUAGUGCGGGAGAUGAGGUUUCCAUUGAUACCAAUGGCGAAAUAAAAACAGGAUAUGAUAUUAUGAACUGGGUCACUUUCCCGAACCAGUCCUUUUUUAGAGUGAAAGUUGGGAGGAUGGAUCCUCAUAAGGAAGUGUUUUCUAUUAAUGAUGAUGCCAUCACGUGGCCUAGUUGGUUUAACCAGACAAAGCCCCGUUCUAUAUGUAGUGAGAGCUGCCAGCCUGGUCAAAGCAAGAAAAGGAAGGAGGGUGAACCAUUUUGCUGCUAUGAGUGCAACCCAUGUCCCAAAGGGAAGAUUUCCACUCAGAAAGAUAUGAAUGACUGUGUCACUUGCAGAGAAGAUCUCUACCCAAAUACAGGACAAUCCCAAUGCAUUCCUAAAUACAUAACUUACAUGUCUUAUGUAGAGCCAUUGGGGUUCACAUUAGCCGUUUUUGCCCUUUUCUUUUCUCUAAUCACAAUUUGGGUCCUAAGAAUAUUCAUGAAGAAUCACAACACUCCUAUUGUUAAAGCCAACAAUCGGAACAAUCGGAACACACUCCUCAUCUCUCUACUGUUCUGCUUCCUUUCUUCUUUGUUAUUCAUUGGCCGACCUAAGAAGAUGACAUGUCUUCUACGGCAAAUGGCUUUUGGCAUCAUCUUCUCAGUCUCUGUUUCCUGUGUGCUGGCUAAAACCAUCACUGUGCUUCUAGCAUUCAUGGCCACCAAGCCAGGAAGCUGGACAAGGAAAUGGGUAGGGAACAAAAUGGCCAAUGCAGUUGUUCUAUGCUGCUCCCUCACACAAGCAGGCAUUUGUGCUGUAUGGCUGGCCACCUCCCCUCCCUUUCCAGAUAUCGAUAUGCAUUCAAUGCCCAAAGAAGUUAUAUUGGAAUGUAAUGAGGGAUCUGCAGCUAUGUUUUACUUUGUUUUAUGCUACAUGGGCUUGCUGGCAAUUGUCAGUUUCACUGUGGCUUUCCUAGCCAGGCAGUUGCCUGACAGUUUCAAUGAAGCCAAGCUGAUCACUUUCAGCAUGUUGUUGUUCUGCAGUGUUUGGUUAUCUUUUGUGCCAACCUAUCUGAGUACUAAGGGGAAGUACAUGGUUGCUGUGGAGAUCUUCUCCAUCUUAGUCUCCAGCGCAGGACUGCUGGGCUGCAUCUUCCUCCCUAAAUGUUAUAUUAUUAUUUUGAGGCCUGAGUUGAACAACAGGGAACAGUUAAUGAACAAAAAGGUUAAAUGA